CAGAGGGCGGGCGGAGCCGAGGUCCUUCCUCACAGAGCGGACGGCGGCAGCCAAGAUGUCGUCUAAGAAUUUUCGCGUCAGCGACGGAGACUGGAUCUGCCCGGAUAAGAAAUGUGGCAAUGUAAACUUUGCCAGAAGGACAAGCUGUAACCGAUGUGGACGAGAAAAAUCAACUGAUGCGAAAAUGAUGAAAGCUGGAGGGACAGAGAUUGGAAAAACUCUGGCGGAAAAGAGCCGAGGGUUGUUCAGUGCGAAUGACUGGCAAUGCAAAACUUGUGGGAAUGUCAAUUGGGCCAGAAGAUCAGAGUGCAACAUGUGUAAUACACCAAAGUAUGCCAAACUGGAGGAACGAACAGGUUAUGGAGGCGGCUUUAAUGAACGUGAGAAUGUAGAAUACAUCGAGCGAGAAGAAUCUGACGGAGAAUAUGAUGAGUUUGGCCGAAAAAAGAAAAAAUACAGAAGAACGUCAUCCAGCGGUAAAGCAGUCCUUAAAGGUGAUGAGAAGGAGUCUGGAGGUGAGGAAGAGGAGGGGGAUGAAGAGGAUGAGGAAGAAGAUGCAGAUCUGUCAAAAUAUAAACUGGAUGAUGAUGAAGAUGAUGAGGAUGCUGGCGACCUUUCAAAAUAUAACCUUGCCAGUGACGAGGAAGAGAAUAGUAAAAAUAAGAAGCCCAUCCCCAGCAGACCUAAAUCUCGUUCGUCCCAUUCCUCCUCCCAUUCAAGCUCAAGGUCUAGGUCCAGGUCUCGCUCAAGGAGUUCUUCCAGUUCCAGAUCAAGAUCACGCUCCACUUCAAGAGACCACUCUCGACCUCGCGGUUCCAAAUCAAGAUCCAGCUCCAGGUCGCACCGGGGUUCUUCUUCCCCGAGAAAAAGAUCAUAUGCCAGUUCCCAGUCCUCGUCUUCUUCAGGGAGGGGCAAGAAAAGGAGCCGCUCCAGAUCCUCAUCCACUGAGCGCAAAAAAAGGAGAACAAGAUCACGGUCAACCGAAAGGCGCAGACAUUCACCAACUGGCUCAUCUCAUUCUGGCUCCCGAUCUUCCAGUACCAAAAAGAAAUAGAUAUUUAGGAGUAACGUCCAGUCUAAUGCAUGACGAGGAUAAAAAUGUUGCAAAAACAAGAAGAGUUAUUUAAAAAAAAAACCUCCCUGAACCAUGUAUAAAUGAUCUGUAGCAGCAGAAGUGCUUUGACCUGUGCUUCCUCUAAACCUCCGAUACACUCAGUCCACGCCGAGCAUUUUAAGCCAUAAGCUUCAAUACUGUGUUUCCCCCCACCAUAUGGGACGGAGUAGAACACAAUACACUGCAAUAAAAUGGCGUAGACUUUGUUUCUUGAACAAAAAAAUUUAAUUCAUAGGAUUUCUCUUUUUAUUUGUAGUUUUUGGCUUUUUUUUAGUGUACUUGUGUUUACAUCCUUAUCUACCCUUUUUAGCAUGCAAUGAAAUGUGAAUUUUUGUUUUCCCAUUUAAUUUUUUUAUUUUUGUGAUCCCUUAUGGCUUAAAAUGCAAAAGCGGUAUUACACUGGGAGCAAAAUGAGGCUGACAAGGUCUCGUUUGAUCCUCAAGACUAAAAA